CUUUUUCUUUUGUUCCAGGAUUCCAGAGGCGCUGCUUCUCUGUUGAAGGAUACUAUCCCAAUUAUUGACUUUUCGGCUUCAGGAUCAUUUGAAGGUUAUGAUCUUCUGCGUAGAGGUUUUACAAAUGUGAAAAGUGAAUUGCUGCCCAGCCACCCGCUGGAGCUGAUAGAAAAAAAUUUCCAGUUAAAUCAAGAUAAAACAAACUUUGCGACGCUGAGAAAUAUUCAAGGACUCCAUGCACCUUUAAAGCUGCAGAUGGAAUUCAGAGCAGUGAAACAGGUCCAGCGCCUCCCCUUUCUUCACAGCUCAAACUUAGCACUGGAUACUCUGAGGGGAAAUGAUGGAUCCAUCAGUUUUGAAGAUAUCCUUAAUGAUCCUUCACAGAGUGAGGUUAUGGGAGAACCGCACAUGAUGAUGGAAUAUAAGCUUGGUUUAUUGUAACAAAAUGUACUCCACCAAAAUGUUUUGUGUGUGUCUAUAUACUGCAAAUCUAAAUACAUGGUACCCUAAACACACUGACGCUCACAGUGUUAAGUAGUCCUACAGUUAUUAUUUGCCUUCCUUGAUGAAAAGGCACAUUAAAUGUUUAAAUUCUACAAA